CUCACUUCGAGCUUUGGGUUCCUGGAGCCGCUUUACGACUUUUUUUAUGACUUGAAGGUUCUCUUGAAGAGACUUUCAUAGAUUUCCUGAAUUUCCUUCCACCUUCGAACAGAAAACCACCCCCAAAGCACAACUCAAAAGUAUACCUUAAUCGCCACGAAACAUAAUGGGCGCCUACUACGACGAAAUCGAGAUCGAGGAUAUGGUCUGGGACGCUGAAAAGCGUGUAUACCACUACCCAUGUCCCUGCGGCGACCGCUUCGAGAUCUCGAAAAAGCAGCUGAAGAACUACGAAGAUGUGGCUACAUGCCCGAGUUGUAGUUUGAUCAUCCGAGUCAUCUACGAUCCUCUUGACUUUGAAGAUGAGCCGUCGGAUGACGAGGAUGAAGGAGAAGAGGCGUCUGAGGAGGAGGAAGAGGAGGAGGACGACGACGACGACCAGUUCGAGGAUGCCCUCGACAAGCUCACUCUCGAGGACACCCCCAACGUCCCCAGCGCUGCCCAGGAGAAGGCCGCUUUGGUCGCCGUUGCCGCAUAG